UAAUGCUGCACUUGCGUAGCUCAUUGGGUGCUCAUUGGACCCCGGCGGCUUUGGCCACCCCGGCCGCCUUUAAGCUGCCUCAGGGGCUCCGGCUCGCUAGUGGCCAGCUUUGCCCAGAUACAUUUCGCCUGUCCCAGAACAAUCUCAGAGCCGACCUUGUUUUCUCGCUAUAUCCCUGUAUGUCGUUGACAAAGCGACCGUGGGCUUUUCCAGGCUUGUUUGCCAUAUAUUUCUAGUUAUUUGUUGUUAUUCCUAGAGAAACCUGUCAUCUUCGUUUUCCCUUCUAGAUGCCGGCUCAGGUCCUAAACUGGUGAUACUUGGCCUUUUUCCUUUUCGGAUUGUUUCGCUUCACUGGACCCUUCAACGACGCAAGAAGUUCGGCGAACCAUUAUGGCUCAUAGUUACGAUAUAGGGACUGCUGCGUGGCAGCCAGACCCGACAGAAGGCUGGGUUGCCUCGGAGGUUAAAGAAAAGACAGUUGAUGGCGAGAAAGUGACACUCGUGUUCCUUCUCGAAAAUGGAGAGUCAAAAACGGUUGAAACAACUCUUGCGGAGUUUCAGGUUCCCAACAACCCGUCAUUACCGCCCUUGAUGAAUCCAGCGAUGCUCGAGGCUAGCGAAGAUCUUACGAAUUUAUCACAUCUGAAUGAACCUGCUGUCUUACAAGCUAUUAAGUUGCGAUAUGCUCAAAAAGAGAUCUAUACAUACAGUGGCAUCGUUCUUAUCGCAACAAACCCAUUUGCUCGGGUCGAUUCCCUUUAUGUCCCACAGAUGGUGCAGGUAUAUGCUGGAAAGCAACGUGCUUCCCAAGCACCCCAUCUUUUUGCUAUCGCAGAGGAGGCUUUUGCGGACAUGCUACGAGACGGCAAGAAUCAGACAAUUGUGGUAUCUGGUGAAUCUGGAGCUGGAAAGACUGUUAGCGCAAAAUACAUUAUGCGAUACUUUGCCACGCGAGACUUUUCAGACCAGCCUGGGCGCUUUACAACAGGGAGGUCUGAGACCAUUAGCAAGACGGAGGAGCAAAUUUUGGCUACAAAUCCGGUCAUGGAAGCUUUUGGAAACGCCAAAACGACCCGAAAUGACAAUUCUUCACGUUUUGGAAAGUACAUCGAGAUUAUGUUCGAUUCCAAAACGAAUAUUAUAGGAGCGAAGAUUCGAACGUACUUGCUAGAGCGAUCAAGGCUCGUUUUUCAGCCGCUCAAGGAGCGAAAUUAUCACAUUUUCUACCAGCUUGUCGGCGGUGCGACAGAUGCUGAGCGUGAAGAACUUGGCCUGCUGCCGGUAGAAGAUUUCGAUUAUCUCAAUCAGGGAGCCACGCCUAUAAUUGAUGGGGUAGACGACAAGGCAGAAUUUGAUGCUACUCGGCAAUCACUUUCCACAAUUGGAGUUUCUGACGCUACUCAGUCCUCCAUUUUCCGCGUUCUGGCGGCUUUGCUUCAAUUAGGAAAUGUGAAGAUAUCUGCAACACGUAGUGACUCUUCACUUUCACCGACCGAACCGUCUCUUGUGAGAGCUUGCGAAAUGCUGGGUAUUGAUGUGAAUGAGUUUGCGAAGUGGAUUGUUAAAAAACAACUUAUUACCCGUGGAGAGAAAAUUGCAUCAAAUCUCACUCAACAACAAGCUAUAGUGGUUCGAGACUCAGUAGCUAAAUUCAUCUACUCGAGUCUGUUUGAUUGGCUGGUGGAUAAGAUCAAUCGCGCUCUCGCUACUGAUGAAGUUAUGAGUCAGGUGAAAUCCUUUAUAGGUGUUUUGGAUAUCUACGGUUUUGAACAUUUUGCCAAAAAUUCUUUUGAGCAAUUUUGCAUCAACUAUGCGAACGAGAAAUUACAACAAGAAUUCAAUCAGCACGUGUUCAAGCUCGAGCAGGAAGAAUAUGUGCGUGAGCAAAUCGAUUGGACGUUCAUCGACUUUUCCGACAACCAACCCUGUAUAGACCUCAUCGAAGGCAAACUUGGUAUUUUGUCUUUGCUUGACGAGGAAUCUCGGUUGCCGAUGGGCUCUGACGACCAGUUUGUGACCAAAUUGCACCACAAUUUUGCAGCAGACAAACAAAAAUUCUACAAGAAACCUCGCUUCGGGAAAUCUGCUUUCACAGUAUGCCACUAUGCUGUAGACGUGACGUACGAAUCGGAUGGCUUCAUCGAGAAAAACCGAGACACUGUACCUGAUGAACACAUGGAAGUUCUCAAGAAUUCUACAAAUCCCUUUAUCAAAGAAAUACUCGAUGCUGCUUCUGCCGUCCGUGAGAAAGAUUCGGCAGCGAUCUCCUCCAAACCCGUGGCAGCUCCAGGUCGACGAAUUGGUGUGGCAGUCAAUCGGAAGCCGACACUGGGAGGCAUAUUCAAAUCAUCUCUCAUCGAGCUCAUGCACACAAUAAAUUCCACAGAGGUACACUACAUUCGAUGCAUCAAGCCAAAUGAGGCGAAAGAAGCGUGGAAAUUCGAAGGCCCAAUGGUCCUCAGUCAACUCCGGGCUUGUGGUGUGCUUGAGACUGUUAGAAUUAGUACAGCUGGUUAUCCCACGAGGUGGACAUAUGAGGAGUUUGCUCUUCGGUAUUAUAUGCUUUGUCACUCUUCCCAGUGGACAUCCGAAAUCAAAGAAAUGUGUCAUGCCAUUCUACGCAAGGCACUUGGGGACAUUAGCCAUCAGAAGCAAGAUAAGUAUCAACUUGGUUUGACUAAAAUUUUCUUCAGAGCCGGCAUGCUUGCGUUUUUGGAGAAUCUGAGAACCUCAAGAUUGAAUGAGUGUGCAAUUAUGAUCCAAAAGAAUCUCAAAUGCAAGUACUAUCGGCGUAGGUAUCUAGAAGCUCGGGAGUCGAUCUUGACGACGCAAGCACUUAUCCGUGCCUUUUUAGCAAGGCAGCGCGCAGAAGAGAUGCGUCAGAUCAAGGCUGCAACCACCAUUCAAAGAGUCUGGAAAGGUCAGAGACAGCGGAAGGCGUAUAAUGAGAUUCGCAACAACUUGGUGCUUUUUGAAUCCGUUGCUAAGGGUUUCCUCUGCCGACGAUCCAUUUUGGAAAAGAGAGAUGGCGAUGCAGCAAAGACCAUACAACGUGCAUUCCGCUCUUGGAGGCAAUUGCGUGAUUGGCGACAGUACCGCCGGAAGGUUAUAAUUAUCCAGAAUCUUUGGAGAGGAAAGCAGGCUAGACGCCAGUACAAGACACUCCGAGAGGAGGCUCGUGACCUGAAACAAAUAUCAUACAAGCUGGAAAACAAGGUGGUUGAGCUCACCCAGUCUCUAGGCUCGCUGAAGCGGGAGAACAAGUCUCUCCUCGGCCAGCUAGAGAACUACGAAAAUCAAUUGAAAUCGUGGCGUAGCCGUCACAAUGCCUUAGAAACUCGCUCUAAGGAACUUCAAGCUGAGGCCAAUCAAGCUGGUAUUACGGCUGCACGUCUAACAGCUAUGGAAGAAGAAAUGGCCAAGCUUCAGCAAAACCACAAUGAAGCGCUUACCACGAUCAAACGUCUUCAAGAAGAAGAAAGGAUAUCGCGGGAGUCCAUUCGUACUGCCGAUCUAGAGCUUGAAAAGCUCAAAAAGCUUAACUCCAACCAAGAAGAUGAAAGGUCUACCCUCCGACAUCAAUUGACGGAGCUACAGGAACAGCUUGAAGUUGCAAGGAGAUCAGGGGUUGUGAAUGGCACUAGUGGGGAAUUGCAAAAUGGCAAUGUUGCUCAGGCUCCUGCAAACGGUCUCAUCAACUUAGUGUCCUCUAAGAAGCCUAAACCGAAACGCCGUAGCGCUGGAGCGGAGAAAAUUGAUUCAGACCGGUUUAGCGGUGCAUACAAUCCCCGCCCAGUAUCUAUGGCAAUUGCCAAUUCCUCCAGCAUACGCCAAAAUGUAUCAGGACCAUCAUACUCACCUGGAUCGGACACCAUUGAAACAGAGCUCGAAAAUCUCCUAUCUGAGGAGGAGGAUUUGAAUGAAGAAGUUACAAUGGGUCUUAUCCGCAACCUCAAAAUCCCCUUACCGGGAGCGAACCCUCCACCGACCGAGAAAGAAGUCCUAUUUCCUUCCUACCUCAUUAACCUGGUCACAUCCGAGAUGUGGAAUAAUGGAUUUGUCAAAGAAUCAGAGCGUUUCCUUGCAAAUGUCAUGCAAUCUAUCCAACAGGAAGUUAUGCAGCAUGAUGGUGAUGAAGCUAUUAAUCCUGGAGCAUUCUGGCUUUCUAACGUUCACGAGAUGCUCUCAUUUGUUUUCUUGGCUGAGGAUUGGUACGAGGCUCAGAAGACUGACAAUUACGAGUAUGAUCGGUUGUUGGAAAUUGUGAAACACGAUCUUGAGAGUCUUGAAUUUAACAUUUAUCAUACAUGGAUAAAGGUGUUGAAAAAGAAGCUUUAUAAGAUGAUUGUCCCAGCCAUUAUUGAGUCUCAAUCUCUUCCUGGAUUUGUCACAAGUGAAACAAACCGCUUCUUAGGAAAGCUUCUACCAUCGAACAAUACACCGGCCUACAGUAUGGACAACCUUCUCAGUCUCCUCAACAAUGUUUUCAAGGCGAUGAAGGCAUAUUACCUUGAGGAUAGUAUCAUCAAUCAAACUAUUACAGAACUUUUACGCCUCGUGGGUGUGACGGCCUUCAAUGACUUAUUGAUGCGAAGGAAUUUCCUUUCGUGGAAACGUGGUCUGCAAAUAAAUUACAACAUUACACGGAUCGAGGAGUGGUGCAAGAGUCACGAUAUGCCUGAGGGGACUUUGAAGCUCGAACAUCUUAUGCAAGCAACAAAACUUCUUCAAUUGAAGAAAGCUACUUUGAAUGAUAUUGAGAUCAUUCAGGAUAUUUGCUGGAUGCUCUCUCCAAACCAGAUCCAGAAGCUGCUGAAUCAAUACCUUGUUGCAGACUAUGAACAACCGAUUAACGGUGAAAUCAUGAAGGCUGUUGCGUCUCGCGUCACGGAGAAGAGUGACGUUCUUCUCUUAACGGCCGUGGAUAUGGAGGACAGUGGGCCUUAUGAAAUUGCCGUGCCCCGGGUUAUUACGGCUUUGGAGACAUAUACCCCAUCUUGGCUUCAAACGCCACGGCUGAAACGUCUUGCCGAGAUCGUCUCUGCCCAAGCAAUGGCGCAGCAAGAAAAGCUUGAUCUAGUGGAAAACGGGGUCGAGGAAGAAGAGGAGGAGGACGAGGAGUGAUUCCACAUUACAUCGUUCGAUAUCACUCCAUGACAGUUUACGAUUCUACGUCUCUGCAUCGAUAUGGGUUUGAACAUGUAGUAUGUGAGUAACUUUUUAAACCUGGGAUAUAUCUAGGUUUCUACUUUUUCUUGGAGAGUUGUACUGGAUCGUCUCUCACGUGCGCACGUGGAUGACACAAUGCCUUGGUUCAAUGAAUGUAAAUUAUUAGCUAGAAUUCUGUGCGCAUCGUGCCAUAUUUUGCAAAUUUACUAUAUUUUGUCUAUCA